AUGGAUACUCCAUUCUACAGGAUUCACCGUAACUACCCUUCCUCUUCCCCUCAAAUUCCAGUUCAUCACAGAACGACGACGGUCCCUCCAAAGAAAGUGGUUUCAAUCCCAGUCCGCUACGUCGGGUCGGAGCGGACCAGAUCCGAAUCUGCAAUCAAGAUCCAGAAGGUGUUUAGAGGCUUCCUGGUGAGGAAAAGCAUGAAGAAGAUUUUGGCGACAAAGAGACAAGUGGAUGAGACUGAGAAGAGGAUUUUGAUGAAGGAGACUGUUGAAUUAAUGAGAAGAGAUCAGAAGGAGAAGUUGAAGAUUAAUGAGAUGCUAAUGAGUUUGUUGUUGAAGUUGGAUUCGGUGCGAGGAGUGGAUUCUGGUGUCAGGGAUUGUAGGAAGGCGGUUAUUAAAAAGGCGAUUGCGUUGCAGGAGACUGUUGAUUCUAUCGCUGCUGCUGCUGCUAAUGGUGAUGAUUCUGUUGUGUCAGCUGGAGAGAAAGGUGUGACUGAAACGGGAGAAGGAGAGGAAGAAAAUGGCAGUGUUGCGAAUGCUGCUGAUGAAUUGCAGAAUGGUGCUGCUAAGUCUGAGGCUGUUGUUUCUAUGCUUGCUGACUCAAGAGAGACCCGGGAAGAGUUUAAUGGAGCUUUGGAGAAUGUUGACAUGGCUAGUGAAGGUGAGAGGAACGUGGAAUGUGAUGGUGAUGUGCCGACAUCGAUGAGUGAUUAUUGUGAUUCGGUGCGAGGAGUGGAUUCUGGUGUCGGGUAUUGUAGGGAGGCGGUUAUUAAAAAGGCGAUUGCGUUGCAGGAGACUGUUGAUUCUAUCGCUGCUGCUGCUAAUGGUGAUGAUUCUGUUGUGUCAGCUGGAGAGAAAGGUGUGGAUGAAACGGGAGAAGGAGAGGAAGAAGAUGGCAGUGUUGCUAAUGCUGCUGAUGAAUUGCAGAAUGGUGCUGCUGAGUUUGAGGCUGUUGUUUCUGUGCUUGCUGAUUCAAGAGAGGCCCGGGAAGAGUUUAAUGGAACUUUGGAGAAUGUUGACAUGGCUAGUGAAGGUGAGAGGAAAGUGGAAUGUGAUGGUGAUGUGCCGACGUUGAUGAGUGAUUAUUGUGAACCAGAGAGGGUGCUGGAAGUGGUUAAUGAAACCGUGGAAUUGAAAGAGGCGGUGAAUGAUGAGACGGCUUGCCAAGGAGAAGAAAGAGAUUUGGAAAAACAAGUUGAUAAAGAUGGUGAUUGUAUGGGAACGAGUCAGACGGAAAGUCAAUCGGAUUCCUCUGCGAGUUUGAUGGAGGAAGAUGAUGAAGAAGAACAUUCCGGUGGGGUGGAAAUUGAGAAGAAAGGGGAUGAAGGAGAAGUGAAAAGCAAUGAUGAGAGUACAAGGAGGAGGGGCAAAGAGUUACUGGAGAGGAUGAUGGAGGAUAAUGAGAGAAUGAUGGGAUUGAUGGCUGAGUUAUUUGAGAGGAAUGAUAUGCAAACAAGGUUGUUGAGCUCGCUAUCGCAGAGGGUUGAGCAACUGGAGAGGGCUUACAUAUGUGACCAGUUGAGGAGAAGGAAGAAGAAGAGGAAUGCUGCUGGGUUACUGGAUUGUUUGGAAUCAACACCCAAGAAAUUGUAA